AUGGGAAAACUCGGAGACUACCUCGAAGGCACCACCCGCACUGGGCUGGGCUGCAUGUUACUUGCCUCCGUCGGUGCAUUUUUGUUUGGUUUCGAUAACGGUUGGUGGGGAACCAUCCUCGGCGCAGAUACCUUUCUUCGACACUACGGAUCGUGCAAAACAACCGACGGUGUUGAGACAUGUAAUCUCUCCACGGGGCAGUUGUCUGCUGGCAGCGCAGUUCAGUCUGCAGGAAUGAUGUUUGCUUGCUUACUUGCGGUCUAUGUCAACGACUUCCUUGGGCGCAAGAGGGGACUUGUCCUGACAGCCAUCAUUUCUGUCAUCGGAAUCGUGAUCGAGUUGACCAGCGCCAUCGGAGAAAAACCUCGCUUUUCGCAAUUCGUUGUCGGCAAGACCAUCGCGGCGAUUUCGAUGGGCCUCUGUGCCAAUAUUGUCCCUAUUUACCUAUCCGAAACAUCUACAAACAAGGCAAGAGGUGCCGGCAUCGCUUUGUACCAGAACAUUCUUGUUGUGGGCGUUAUCACGGCAGCUGGUACCGUUUACGGCACGGCACAACUGACAACUGCUGCAUCUUACCUCAUCCCCUUUGCUCUGCAGCUUAUUGCGCCUGGCUUUAUGCUGGCAACUUCACCCUUCCUUCCUGAAAGCCCCCGUUGGCUUGUGACAAAGGGACGCCUCGAGGAAGCGAAGAUAGCAGCUGAACGAAUUUUCGGUACUCCAACAAAUGAUUUCAACGCCGUCGAAUACAUCAACGCGAUCGAGCUCGCGGUAGCCGAAGAUAAAGAACUCAACGCUGCAUCUGGUGGCUGGAUCGACUUGCUGCGCAGCCCAUUCCUUCGUCGUCUACUCAUUGCAAUGGGUAUGCAGUGUUUGCAGCAGGCACAGGGCUCCAGCUACAUGAGCAACUACAUUGUGUCCUUCCUACAGGCCAACGGCGUCAAGGAUGUUUUCCCUGCCAUCAUGGGAGUCAACGCGCUGUACUAUGUGUCCAUUCUUACUGGCCAUAUUCUACCUGACAAGUUCGGUCGUCGCCCGCUCAUCAUCUCGACAGCACUUUUCUGCGGCGUUGUGCUCCUGAUCGUUGCCGUCUUGACGACCACCGUGAACCCUCCGACGGCUGCCACAUCGAAUGCCUCUCUUGCGCUGAUUCUCAUCUGGCAAGUUGGAUUCGGUAUUCAAUCUACUCUGGUCUGGAUUACCACGGCGGAAGCGGCCCCCACCCGCAACAGGGAAAGGGUUCUGGCUGUGGCUGUCUUCAUUGGAUUCGGUGUCUCCUUGAUGAUUACUUCCGUUUCACCAUACAUCCAGAAUGAGGAUUAUGGAAACCUAGGUGGUAGAAUCGGAUUUAUCUGGUCUUCAUUCUCCUUCUUCACCGUCAUUUGGGUCUUCUUCUUCUUGCCCGAGAUGAAGGGUUUCUCGCUCGAACAGCUCGACUUCUUGUUCGCCAACAAGACUCCUACCCGCAAAUUCAAGUCGUACAAGUUUGGUCAUUCUGUUUUGGCUACCGAGGAGCUCAAGAAUGGUUCUCAGGAGGCUGUCCAGGAGGAAAUAAUCGAGACCGCUGGGAAGCUGAAGUAA